GGUGGGGGCAGGUAAAGCAGAAAGACAACUGAAGACAGGGUUGUACCUUUUAACUCCUGACCCAUGAAAAUCUCAGAUGAGGACAUGUAGUCACAGGUGGUUAAAGUGGGAGCAGUGAUUCUCAGACAUCAAUGGACCCUAGUCAUGUAGGAAGCCUAUUCACACAGAUUCCCCAAGUACUAGAGGAAUUUAGACGGGGUUGCUGAGAUCUUCAAUUAGCUAGGAAUGGGUAGGGGUGGAGGAUCUUUCAUUUUUAACAAGUUCUGCAGGCAGCACAGUCCUGUUACAGGUGACUAGCAGCCCCUGCCUUACGGAGCCCUGACUGGUGGAGGGACUGGCUUCUGGGGCUUUGGAGACAGUAAUUGAUGUGGGGAGAAUGGACCUGGCUGACUACCACUCUCAUCUGCAGUGUGACCUAGAUAGAGUAGAUUGCAUCCCCACAGUAUGUCUGCAUCUCUAAUACCAUGAAGUUAGGGUUCAAAGACAUGGGCAAAGGGCUUUUCACAGGGCUCUAACAGCCAUUUACUGAGCUCUGUCUCUUCACACAAAAGAGGUCAUCAGUGUGACUGCCCAGAGGAGGGAAAUAAUAGCAGUGGACAUAUUUUGAAUACUUACUGUGUACAAUCCCCUGAGCUAAGGAUUAUCUCAAAAUUUUACAUCACACCAAGUAGGUACUAUUGUAAUGAGACUGGGCCACAGAGACGUUGAGUAACUUGCCCAAGGUCACACAGCUAGUAAGAACAAAUGUACCGUCCUCCUAUCCGGAGACCAAAGCAGGGCGGAAGUGGGAAGGGGGAGAAGCAGAUUGUUCAGGGAGCAGUUCAGGAAGAGGAAACGUCCCCAACGCCCACCAGGUGCCCCAAACCAUUCAGCACCGCGGACAGCUCUCAAAGGGUUUUUGGGUUUCGCCAGGGAGAAAUGCGCUGGGAGGGACUCCCAAGGUAUGGGCUGGACUUGGGGUCGGGGUUAGGUUCCCGGCAGGCUCGAGGCUGCUCCAAUGGGGCGGGGGCCACCCGCAAGGCCGGGCGGGGCUAUGUAGCCAUCUGGAGUCACUGCCGCCGGCGGCCACAGUCAAGGCGCGACAGGCGGGAGCGCAAGCAGGGCUGGAAAGAGUGCAGCCGCCGCCGCCGCCGCGGCGGCACAGGGGCCGGCCCCGCCGCUGCCGCCGCACCUAGCCCCGGCGGCCCCUGUCUUACAGCUUCCCGCGGUUCCAGCCACUCGACCAGCCAUGUCUCUCAGCGGAGCCUCUGAGCGCAGCGUCCCGGCCACCAAGAUUGAAAUUACCGUGUCCUGCCGGAAUCUGCUGGACCUCGACACCUUCUCCAAGUCCGAUCCCAUGGUGGUGCUUUACACGCAGAGCCGGGCGAGCCAGGAAUGGCGAGAGUUCGGACGGACAGAGGUGAUCGACAACACGUUAAACCCAGACUUCGUGCGCAAAUUCGUCCUCGACUACUUCUUUGAGGAAAAACAAAAUCUGCGCUUUGAUGUGUACAAUGUUGACUCCAAAACCAACAUCUCCAAAACGAAGGAUUUCCUUGGACAAGCGUUCCUGGCUCUGGGAGAGGUGAUCGGAGGCCAGGGCAGCCGUGUAGAGCGACCCCUCACGGGUGUACCAGGCAAGAAGUGUGGGACCAUAUUGCUGACUGCAGAGGAGCUUAGCAAUUGUCGGGACAUUGCCACCAUGCAGCUGUGUGCAAACAAGCUGGACAAGAAGGAUUUCUUUGGGAAAUCAGAUCCCUUCCUUGUGUUCUAUAGGAGCAAUGAGGAUGGCACGUUCACCAUCUGCCACAAGACGGAGGUUGUGAAAAACACACUGAAUCCUGUGUGGCAACCCUUCAGCAUCCCUGUGCGGGCACUGUGCAAUGGAGACUAUGACAGAACAGUGAAGAUUGAUGUGUAUGACUGGGACCGGGAUGGAAGCCAUGACUUCAUUGGUGAGUUCACCACCAGCUACCGGGAGCUGAGCAAGGCCCAGAACCAGUUCACAGUGUAUGAGGUACUUAACCCUCGGAAGAAAUGUAAGAAGAAGAAAUAUGUCAACUCAGGAACUGUGACGCUGCUCUCCUUCUCUGUGGACUCUGAAUUCACUUUUGUUGAUUACAUCAAGGGAGGGACACAGCUGAACUUCACAGUUGCCAUUGACUUCACAGCUUCUAAUGGGAAUCCUCUGCAGCCCACCUCCCUGCACUACAUGAGUCCCUACCAACUCAGCGCCUACGCCAUGGCCCUCAAGGCAGUGGGAGAAAUCAUCCAGGACUAUGACAGUGACAAGCUCUUCCCAGCCUAUGGCUUUGGAGCCAAGCUGCCUCCAGAAGGACGGAUCUCCCACCAGUUCCCCCUGAACAACAAUGAUGAGGACCCCAACUGUGCAGGCAUCGAGGGCGUGCUGGAGAGCUACUUCCAGAGCCUGCGCACAGUGCAGCUCUAUGGGCCCACCUACUUUGCUCCUGUCAUCAACCAGGUAGCCAGGGCUGCAGCCAAGAUCUCUGAUGGUUCCCAGUACUACGUUCUGCUCAUCAUCACUGACGGGGUCAUCUCUGACAUGACGCAGACCAAGGAGGCCAUUGUCAGUGCCUCCUCACUGCCCAUGUCUAUCAUUAUUGUUGGUGUGGGACCAGCCAUGUUUGAAGCAAUGGAAGAGCUGGAUGGUGAUGACGUGCGCGUGUCCUCUAGGGGACGCUAUGCAGAGCGGGACAUCGUUCAGUUCGUCCCCUUCCGAGACUAUGUUGACCGGUCCGGAAACCAGGUGCUGAGUAUGGCCCGACUAGCCAAGGACGUGCUGGCUGAAAUCCCAGAGCAGCUGCUGUCCUAUAUGCGCACCAGGGAUAUCCAGCCUCGCCCUCCACCUCCUGCCAACUCCAGCCCAACCCCAGCUCCAGAACAGCCCUGAGGAGCCCACUUAUUCAAUAACUAGCAGUCUGCCUGCCUGCCCACCCACUGCUUUUGCUGAAAGCCAGAGGCACUUGGAGCCCUGGACCUCAGUGAGUCUAGCUUGGGGGAUCAGUGCUGGCUGGUUGAGCCCUCUGCCCCCUCACCCACAGAAGGGCCUGGCAUUGUCACCACCUCCCUGCCUUCAUGCCAAUAAUAAAGCUGAUCUUUACUCCA